AUUCUAUAUUCAACUUCCUGUGAAGAAAUACCGCCAGAUUUGAUUUCCAAGGAUGAGCGACUACAUUUAAACUGUUUAAAUUAAAUGGUGACUGACACAGCAUUCUUAAGAACAUCAGUCGCAUGGUAUAAUGGACGCAAGGAGGCUAAGAUCAAUUAUUUGUAGCUGCAAGACCAACGACAUCAAAACACUUUUGACGCAAUGGGGACGUCAGAUUCAACUCCAGAAUGUCACAUCUCUUAACUUUUCUGAUCCAAAGAAAAGCAUUGCCCAAUCUCUGUUAUCACUAUGUGAAACAAGAAAACAUUUCAAGACUGAAGUUGAUGAAUUGGAUCUAAUGUGUACACAGAUGUAUCCAAAGAAGCGACUAUGGAGAGUUUUCCAUCUUAAAGACAAUAAAGAUAACACUGGCAAUAGAUGGCUGGAUCUGUGCAACCCUCAGAAGUUUAAGAAGAAAUUCAAAAGCCAGGCUGAUUUAUAUUUUGACAGUGCGACGUCGGUAUGUGUUGGGGUAAAUAAAGGAGCUCUGUGGACUAGACUGUACAUCAGUAGCAUGGUAAACAGGGGACAGGAGGAGACAUAUCGUCCCAGUAACAAUGUCUACAUUGUGUAUUUUCCCAAGACACAGUAUGUCAUCAUUAGCCGGUACAAACAGUCGACAGAGGAAUUUCUACAUCAGGCCAUUAUGACGACUCUAGGGGUGACCGAUAUGACCAACAUGCAGCUGACCGGUUAUGACCUGCACUCCCUCAUACAUCUGGCCAUGAACAGGAAAUGUCAGGGUUCCUUCAGCAAAUUUAACUCCGUCCAAGGACAGAAACACCCAUUUGCUGGAUUUCAACCAAAGAAAAGAAAAGCCAUUGAGAUUGAGAGAGAUGAGAACAUUUUCUGUGAAGAUGAAGAAACAAUGAAGAAGCGAGCUAAGAUUCUGGAGAAAAGCUUUGGACUCGAGGAACAACCAUGCUUGGAGAAAGUGGAAUACAGGGUGAAGACAAAGUUCCGUGGUACAGACUAUGUGCCUAGUAUGGCAAAAAGACAGGAUACAUUCAAGUGCACCGUCAAGUUUGAAGGCACCAGUGUGUUAGAGGGUAUCAGGAACUUAGGGGCUACAGGACUGGCCAAUGUCCCCCUCCCCGGUCAUCUUGCUAGUGUUCACUCUCUUGCGAAAAACCACUUUGUGAUACAGGACCAAGAAACAACUCCUAGGAAACGCAGGAAAUAGAUGCCUGCUCCAGACGAAUAUGAAGCAAGCUAGUGUAUUUUAUGGCUUCUUGAGGACUCCCUGAGAUAUCUGUGGAUUGUUUUAACCCACAUCAGAAUCUGUCAGUAUAUGGUGUGUGUAAGGACUCCCUGAGAUAUCUGGAUUGUUUUAACCCACAUCAGAAUCUGUCAGCAUAUGGUGUGUGUAAGGACUCCCUGAGAUAUCUGUGGAUCGUUUUAACCCACAUCAGAAUCUGUCGGUAUAUGGUGUGUGUAAGGACUCCCUGAGAUAUCUGUGGAUUGUUUUAACCCACAUCAGAAUCUGUCGGUAUAUGGUGUGUAAGGACUCUCUGAGAUAUCUGUGGAUUGUUUUAACCAUCAUCAGAAUCUGUCAGUAUAUGGUGUGUGUAAGGACUCUCUGAGAUAUCUGUGGAUUGUUUUAACCAUCAUCAGAAUCUGUCAGUAUAUGGUGUGUGUAAGGAAUCUAUGAGAUAUCUGUGGAUUGUUUUAACCCACAUCAGAAUCUGUCGGUAUAUGGUGUGUGUAAGGACUCCCUGAGAUAUCUGGAUUGUUUUAACCCACAUCAGAAUCUGUCAGUAUAUGGUGUGUGUAAGGACUCUAUGAGAUAUCUGUGGAUUGUUUUAACCCACAUCACAAUCUGUCAGUAUAUAUAUGGUGUGUAAGGACUCCCUGAGAUAUCUGUGGAUUGUUUUAACCCACAUCACAAUCUGUCAGUAUAUAUAUGGUGUGUAAGGACUCCCUGAGAUAUCUGUGGAUUGUUUUGACCCACAUCAGAAUCUGUCGGUAUAUGGCGGGUAAGGACUCCCUGAGCUAUCUGUGGAUUGUUUUAACCCAGAUCAGAAUCUGUCGGUAUAUGGUGUGUAAGGACUCCCUGAGCUAUCUGUGGAUUGUUCUAACCCACAUCACAAUCUGUCGGUAUAUGGUGUGUGUAAGGACUCCCUGAGAUAUCUGGAUUGUUUUAACCCACAUCAGAAUCUGUCAGUAUAUGGUCCAGUUUUUGGUGUGUGUAAGGACUCCCUGAGAUAUCUGUGGAUUGUUUAACCCACAUCAGAAUCUGUCGGUAUAUAUAUAUAGUGUGUAAAUACUCUCUGCAUUUACUUCUUGAUUGACUACCAUGUACAUCAGAAUUUUCUGUAUAAGUAUGCAGAUAGACUGUAACUUUGAUGAGAACUGCAUAAGUAUCGUGGACACUUUUGACAGAGAUAGAGUUUGGUACAAAUCAGUCUUUCAUUUCUGACUUAGACGUUUGUUAGGAAUUUUUAAUUGCCAUUAAUUAAAAUAAAUGGAACUUUUUACGAUGAUGGUCCUUGUAUCUAUCAGCAUCCUGUGAUAUUGUUUGCCACUUUUAAUUGUAUUUUAAUUUGAUGAUAGAUGAAAAGGCCCCGACUUUCUCUGUAUGUAUUUUAUGAUAAAUUUUCAAUGUGAAAGGAUCUACUGGACAUUUGUUUUAAUUAUGAAAAACACAUGUUAUCUGUCUUGAAAGUAAGUCACUCGGUAUAUAAGAAAUUGAUAACCAAUAAAAGUCGUAGUGAUA